AUGGAAAGAUAUAAGGUCAUUAAAGAAGUCGGUAAUGGCACCUUUGGAAAUGUCUGGCGAGCUCUAAACAAGCAAUCUGGUGAAGUGGUUGCUAUAAAGAAAAUGAAGAAAAAGUAUUACUCAUGGGAAGAAUGUAUUAAUCUCAGAGAAGUGAAGGUAAGGAAUUGCUAUGUUGACAUCUUUCAGGAAUGUAAUUUAUACCAGCUAAUGAAGGAAAGACGUAGCUUCUUCUCGGAGACUGAUGUGAGGAACUGGUGCUUUCAAGUAUUUCAAGGUCUUGCGUACAUACAUCAGUGUGGAUACUUCCAUCGUGACCUCAAGCCAGAGAACUUGCUCGUAUCAAAUGCUAUCAUAAAGAUAGCUGAUUUUGGUCUUGCUCGGGAGAUCAAUUCCCAACCUCCAUUGACUGAAUAUGUUUCGACCCGCUGGUACAGGGCUCCUGAAGUUUUAGUUCAGUCUCCAACAUAUGGUCCUCCAGUUGAUAUGUGGGCAAUGGGAGCGAUAAUGUCGGAAUUAUUCACACUUCGUCCUUUAUUUCCUGGUUCCAGUGAGCCUGAUCAGAUCUACAAGAUAUGCUGUGUGAUAGGGAGUCCAACCAGGAGUGAGUGGAACGAGGGUCUUGAACUUGCCAGUGCCAUAAAUUAUCAGUUCCCAUGGGUUCCUGGUGUCCGUCUUUCUUCCUUGAUACCAGGUGUUAGUGAGGAUGCAAUCAACCUUAUCAAGUCCCUAUGUUCGUGGAAUCCAUGCAAGAGGCCCACAGCCUUGGAGGUCCUUCAACAUCCUUUCUUUCAGAGUUGCUUUUAUGUUCCUCCAUCUCUACGCUUUAAAGCUGCAAUUCCGGGAACACCUCCUGCUGGAGCAAGGGGAGUUUUGGAGCAAAAUUAUGGAAUGAAGUAUAUGGGGAGUGCAUCAAACUUCAAACCGGAAAAUAGUUUCCCAUGUGCAAAGCCACAGGCAUACAUGGUUCCAGGUGCUCAAAGGAAGUUGGACAUGAAUGAUGAGGCUUUGACUAAAAAUCACAAUGAUUUAAGGAACUAUUCCAAGCCUCAGCCAAGGUAUCAGCCACCUGGGAUAAACGGCCCAUCAGCAGCUGUUAACCUGGGGAGAGCACAUGGCGUGGUCGAUGCAGUUGAGAAGUUUGCCAACAUGGCAGUGGGGUCCGGUAGGCCUCCACCUAUGAAGGUUGGAUGUUGGCAUGGCCAAUCUGAUUUGUUCCUUGGACGACGUUCACAAGAAAUUAUCCCGACACAAGCAGCUUAUAUCAGGAAGGUUGCUGGAUAA